AUGUGCAAGCACCUCACGCUGCAGGCGCUGGAGGAGAUCCGGGGCGGCAUCUUGUCGGGGAAGCGCGUGGAGCUGCCCAGCGCCCAGCGCCAGCACCUGGAGAAGGGCAGCCCGCUGAUCAGCGAAGUGACCUUCGACGCGAGGCACCGGCCGGUGUCCACCAACGUGACGCGGCACUUCCAGUCCCAGCGGGUCAUUGCGCCCCACCUGGAGGUGCGGCUCCAUGCCUUCCUCACGCUGAAGAAGGCCACCCCCGGCUCCAAGUCCUCCGCGCUGGUGGUGAUCCUGGACUCUGAGUCCAAGCUGUCGAUCUACUCCCUGGAGAACGAGGCUUUGUUGGAGCGCUUCGACCUGGGGCACAGCGGAGAGGUGAAGCAGCUGGAGAUGUCACCCUCCCAGGAGAACCAUUUCGUGGUGACAGUGGGUGACGCAGGCGACAUUCGCGUCCACAACAUCAAGAUCAUCGCCAAGAAACAGAAAGCAGACGUGAAGGACUCGGGCCAUGAGGAAGAAGAAGCGCCCAAGGGCAAAGACAAGGAGUCGCGCACGCUGAACGUCACGGCCAGCCUGGCGUCGCAGUUCACCCUGUCCCCUGGCGCUCUCGAGGAGGCACGGAAGCUGAACGUGGUGCUGCCCAUCGAGCGGGGAUCCCAGACCUUCUUCAUCGCGGGGGACUCUCUCGGGGGCAUCUCCGUCUUCUUCCGAAACGGCACCAUGCGGGGUCGCGUGCGUGUCACAGAGGACCCUGGAGGCGUUAAGGGCCUGAUCCGGGCACAGGGGCAGCAGCAGGUGCUCUUCUACAGCAGCCACGCCUUCGGCUUCUUUAGUCCAUCGCAGGUGGACUUGCAGUACCCUCCGUGCACUGGCUGGAACAGCCCCCUCUACGAUCUUGCCAUGGAGCCGGGCUAUUCGACCGGACGAGUGCUGCUGGCGCUGCAAGACGGCGAUGUCUUAGUCUACGCCACCACCCGCGGCAAGAGCAAGGCCUGCGACCUCGCGCUGAAGUUCCCCCAUGUCUCGGUGAUGCCUUUCAAGCUCCACAGCUUCAGAGGUCAUGUGAUGGCGCUGCCCACGCCUUUGGAUGACAUGGAUAAGAAGGAUGACUACCUCCGGGAGAUCUUCUUCUUUAACAUGGCCGCCAUGGAAAAUGGCUAUGGCUCCGCCCCGUCUAGAGCCAUCACCCUCCAGGCCUCCUUCAAGCCCAAGCAGCCGGAGACCUUGGCCAUGCUGGGCCAGCCCUCCACGGGCUCGGGGCCAGGCGGUGACAAGGCCAAGAGUCAGGUGGCCAUCAAGUUCAAAGGCGUCAACGGCCUGGAGCUCUUCGACCUCACCUUGAGGACGCCGCCACCGCCCAAAGCUGCGGCGGAGACCAACAAUUCUAGCAGCUGGGACCUGUCGAACAUCCUGAACUGGUUCCCAAAGGUGGGCGUCUUUGGCAUCGCGCUCAUCGGCGUCAUCUUUUGGAACAUCCGGAAGGUCUCCAAUCAGAACACCGGGGGGAUGGAAGCCGAUGACUUCGACGAAGAGCUGUUCAAGGAGAAGCUCCGGGAGCGAAGGGCCAAGCGCGGAGCCCCAAACAAAAAUCCCCGGAGCCCGGCGCGGGCGGUGAGCCGAGGACACGUCCAGUCGGUUUUGGCCUAUGUGUAG